UGAAAUACCUGUUCAUCGUUGAUUGGAUAGCGUCAGUUAAUGCGCACGGCGGCGUGACGCGUGUGCAAAUACGCGGCUCAUUGUUGAAGUUUUCAUUCUGGUCGGAUUCCAAACUAUUUAAAGGCGCUUUUUCGGGAGCCGUUUCACAUUUCUCGUCUGCGUUGGAAGCAGUUCGUUAAGAAGAUGUCAGGACGUGGAAAGGGAGGCAAGGGGUUGGGGAAAGGAGGCGCCAAGAGGCACCGCAAAGUGCUCCGCGACAACAUCCAGGGCAUCACCAAGCCUGCCAUCCGCCGCCUCGCUCGCCGCGGAGGAGUCAAGCGCAUCUCCGGGCUCAUUUACGAGGAGACCCGGGGCGUCCUCAAGGUCUUCCUCGAGAACGUCAUCCGCGACGCCGUCACCUACACCGAGCACGCCAAGAGGAAGACGGUCACCGCCAUGGACGUAGUGUACGCUCUCAAGCGCCAGGGCCGCACUCUGUACGGCUUCGGCGGCUAAGCUCCUCCGCUUCCACAGACCGAAACAUCAACAAAAGGUCCUUUUCAGGGCCACCCACCUUUACUCGUAAAGAGCCAAUCGCUAACGCUAUUUUACCUAACGCACUGGAAUUAUUGGAAUAAUAUCCAAAAUACAUAGAAACCUAGCUCGAGGCAUCGAAUCUUU